AUGGACCAGCAAGGGCUACCGCCUCAUGAAUGGGGGCGGCCAAUGAAGCUAGUUCAACAUUUCCGAAUUGGGACAUUAAAUGUUGGGACCAAGGCGAAAGAAUUAGGUGAAGGGUACAAGUUGGUAUAUGGACGAGCAAACAGAGGCACAAAUGAAGAAAAAGGACAGUCCUUGGCGGCACUACAAGAAGAACAGGGGAAAGUUGAUGAAAGUGAAAGAUACAUAAUUAGAGGAGACAUGAAUGGCCAUGUUGGUAGCAGCAAUGAUGCCAUCAGUCGCAUACAUGAAGGAUAUGCUUAUGGAAAUGGUGAUGAGGAUGGAGAGAAGGUAAUUGACCUAUGUUUAUCCUUUGAUAUGGUAAUAGGAAAUACCUUAUUCCAAGCAGAAAAGGAAAACUACAACUCAGAUAAGGAUAAAAGGGUUUACACUAAAGGAAAACGAUUUCCAACACACGUCAAAGACCGAAUUCUAAAAGAGCUGAGCCACGAUAUGGUAGAUGUGAACGCCUGGUGGAAUGAUGCAAACAGUAUUAUAUUAAGAACUGGAAAGGAAAUACUGGGUGAGAGUAGUGGAAAGGUUUGGGAAAAUAAGGAAAUUUGGUGGUUUAAUGAAAAAGUACAAAUGAAAACACUAAAUAAGGACAGGCGAAGAUAUUCAGAGAAAGGAGAUAUUCAGAGUUGUGAGAACUAUCAGGGUAUUAAGCUGAUGUCUCACCCUUUGAAACUACUGGAAAGGAUUAUGGACUCGCGACUUAGACAAGUAGUGCGCAUUGGCCGACAGCAACUUAGUUUUAUGAAAGGGAUUGGAACAGUUGACGAGAAAGCCUAUGAGCGAGUGCCAUGCCAAGAAGUCUGGAGAGGGUUACGAGAGCGAGGAGUACAAGAAAAAUAUGUAAGAAUGAUCCAGGAAUGCUACAAGGACGUGACAACGAGAGUUAGGAGCACAGUGGGCAUGACGGAACACUUCAAAGUAAAGGUCGGCUUACACCAGUGA